AUGGCGUCAUAUCUAUCCACCGAACAACCCAUCAAAUUCUCUCAAGAAACUGAAAGCUUAGUGAAACGUCUUGCGGGUCCUUCGUCCGGGAAGGCGGGACUAGCUAAAGAUCAAACUGAAAUAAAUCGAAUUAUCUCCGAUGCCUCCAAGGGAUCCAAGUUCUAUGAAAAUGAAAAAAAGAAGGACAAGGAGUUAACGAUUAAAAUUAACAGGAUAUUGAAACAAAGGGACGAGGCAAUAAAUGGAGUUGAUAUCGCGAAAAUAGAGGCAGCUGUUGACCAGAUGAUAAACAAGAUUGAAUCUCAACGAGACCUAACUCAAAUCAUUGUUCACGUCGAUAUGGAUGCAUUCUAUGCACUGAUCCGCAAUCAAAGUAUUACAUUGUAUUGUGAGGAACACUCAAUGACGGCCGAAGAAUGCGUCAAGGAAAUGCGAGAAACUGUAUUUCGAGAGACUAAACUGACAGUCAGCGCUGGAAUAGCUCCAAACAAGAUGCUUGCAAAGAUAUGUUCCGACAAGAAUAAACCCAACGGGCAGUUCCAGCUUGAAUUCGAUUCCGAGUCUAUCAAAAGUUUCAUGCACGAUCUCUCCAUCCGCAAGGUCCCGGGAAUUGGUCGGGUUAAUGAAAGGUUACUGGAUGCAAUUGGUAUCAAGACUUGUGGAGACAUCUAUACGCAGAGAGCCGUUCUUUCAUUGAUGGACAAACAAUUUGGUCUGGUUUUUUUACUACGAACCUACUUGGGCAUUGCAAGCAACACUGUCGAGGCCUAUCGACGGGAGGAACGAAAGAGCAUAGGUGCCGAAAGAACGUUUCCGUCUCUGAGGAAUAUCCAACAGAUCCACGAGAAACUGGCCGAGGUUGCUGACGAACUGGAGAGAGAUAUGGAAGAAAAUGGUUGGGCAGGGCGAACGGUUACAUUAAAAUUCAAGCUAAAUACAUAUCAAGUGUUUACUCGGGCGAAGUCACUUAACCAUUGGGUAACGAAAAAAGAGGAGCUUUUUGAGAUUGGGAAGGAACUGCUUGCACCGGAGCUACCUGUUACAAUUCGACUUAUCGGCCUACGAGUAACUAAACUGAAAGACCUUCGAGAUACAGGGACGAACGGUAUCAAGCGCUUUUUUGAGCCUGCUAGUAAAAAUGGAAGCCCUCGGAAACGAGCCAAGUUAUCAAAUGAAGAGCUGGAAGAUCACGAUUACAUGGAGGAGGCUAUGCCUGGAUACCAUGAACAUGAUGAGACGGACUACAAGCUAGAAGACGAUUCUUUUGAAGGUGAUGAGAUUAUCGACCUGACGAAUAUCCAGGAGAAUCUAGACACUUCGAUAUCUCCCUCGAGGCGACCACCUCAUUCAACGUCCAACGCACAUGCUUCUGCAAGCGAUCUGGGCCCGCCCUCGAGACCAAGAAGUAACAGCGAGGCAAAGCCAUUCAGCCCAAAGUCUAUCAAAGCUGUAGAAACACAUGAAUGCCCAAUCUGUAGCAAGACCUUGGAAACCGAUAAUCAGGGCCUCAAUGCUCAUGUUGAUUUCUGCUUAAGUCGUGGUGCUAUCAUGGAGGCUCAAGGUUCUGCUACGAAAAUUAUCAAAAGUACCGCCACCUACAAGGGAUGGCCUAAACCAGAACCACGAAAAAAAUUCAAUGCAAAACCCGAAAAUCCAAAAAAACCAGGUUCUUCCAAACGGGGGAAAUGA